AAUGCAGUUCAGAUGGAAGUGUGUUGUGUUUUAAGACAGUUCUGACUUAUGAAUGUUUCUGAGCGUUGUAAAGUUUGUUUUACUACGUUCUGCUUACGUUGGUGAUCAUGUUUUACUCUGAUAUUCUUCCCAAAACGACCAAUAAUCACUCAAAACACGGAGCGGUCUGAAUUAUGGUGUUUAGUGUGUCUGGUUUAGUAAGUUGACUGUAGAGAUGCUUCCCUCACCUGCAGUUUUCCACUUUCUCUGGGAAAUCAACACUCACCUGGUGAAAGAUGGAGCUUCAGUUCGCACAUUCGGCAGGCUCACAAGUUACCUGCCAGAGGAGUCGAAAGCUGUCUUGACAUCCCAUCAUGCAUCUGUGCAGCACCAGGUGUCAGUACAGACAACAUUCGUGGAGCCUUUUGAUCCAAUAAUCGGGGCGCAGUACUUCACACUGGGGGAGAUUGAUAAGUCAGAAGGGUGCAGUGAAGCUACUCUGCGUGCUCGAGUGUUGAACUGUGUGGAUGGAGUUGAUGUUGCUCUGCUACAGAAGGCCAUAAAUGAACAGAGGAACUUCUUUAAAGGGCGUGACGACGAGGCUGGAGCGCAGUAGUGUCUGUUUCUAAACACCUGUGUCGUCUGGACAGAUGCAGUGGAGUUUGGAGAAACUGUUUUCUUCAAGCAGAUGGAACAGUUUGAGAAAUCUGACACGGCAGGUCCAUCACAGUCUACAUUUAAAUUUACCAGUUAAAUAAGUAAAAAGUAAUGUUCAGCUACUUGGUAAACCAGGUAAAUAAGAGUAAUGGCAUUGAUAAACUGCAAAAAAUUAUAUCUUAAAAAGUGAAAUCAUCGUCACGUCUUAGUCAGUGUACACUCAUGUGCAAAGUUUUGGCACCCCUGGUCAAAUGACAUGUUUGGUUGAUUUUGUAAGUGUAAAUAAAUUAACACGUCCUCUACAGAGAACACAC